UCCUAAUCAUUACCUCUUAAUUCAUAUAUGUAUCUGCUUCUCUGUUGAUUGUUAAAUUAUUGUUUUCUCUGUAUCGGUUGACAUUAAUUGUACGCAUUUUUUCUUAAAUGUUUUGAAUUGGAGUAGUUUAAAUGGCAGUUUUUAAUUCUAUUACGUAGAUAUUAAGUUAAUGAUGAUGGUUUAUGGAUAUAUUAAUCAUUGAUAAUUUAGGGAUUGCGAGUUGUUGAGCAGUUGGGUUGUUUCGAUUGGAGAGAGUUGAGUGGGAUAUUGAUUGGUUAACUUGUAUAGUAGCGUAUUUCAUUCGAGUUAUUUUUGUGUUCGAUUUUUCAUGCCAACUGUUGAAAUGUUUGUCGUGAAUGAUCCGAUUUGUGUUUAGAUAUAAAUGGGAGUAUUACAUUUGCGUAGGAUUGAAGAAACAAAAAAUUGUCGAAUUUAUAAGCUCUCGAGAAAGUUUCAAACGGGCUGGUUUAACUCGAGUUCGUCAUUGAAGUUGCCGCUUUAUCCAUCUUGCUUUCUUGAAGAAAGUUAAAAAUGACGGGGGAUAGUGUAUCCCCUAGAAACGAGAAGAUUUCAGUCGGACAUAGAAACAAUCUGUUUAAGGGGGCAGUCUUCGAGCUUAAAGAUUUUGAUUACACAGAUAGCAAACCCUCGGGAAAUGACAAGUGUACCCUCAGGAAUUCCGAUCCCCAAUCUUCUGAGGUAUUAAGCACGAGCGACUUAAUAUCUGCAGUAGGCUAUGCAUGGGAUUGUGCGAAAAAGCCUCUUUCUGUUCUUCUGCCUAAAACGAAUUCCGCAUCCAAAACCGAUGUUAUUGAAGGAGGUGGUAGACUUCAGUAUAUUACGGAUGAAGGAACUUUUCGUGAAGCUAAUUCAGCUAAUGAUCAACCUUUCUCUAUCUAUUUGAAUAGUAAAGAAAAUUCUGCUAAGCUAGUGAAUGAAAAUCGAGAGUUAUCUUGUCGUCAACCUAGUUAUGAAUUUUUUUCUUUCUGGAGAAUAGUCCUCGCAAGGUCCACAGUGAUUGAGGGGUGCUCUGUAGAUAAUUGUCUUUCGAGUACAGGAAUACUAGCUAAUUUGGGAAGCAUAUAUGGAUGUACAAGUGAAAUAGCUCUUGCUAAGCGAAAAAACGAGGCGAGUUCUGCGAAAAUUGAAAUAAAAAAAACAAGCAAUUGUUACAUCGAUGAUUGCUCGACUAGUACAUGUAACAGCUUCACUGGAGUAAUAUCUGCUUCUAAGUCUGAAGUCGAAGAACCCUUAAAUCGUCUUUCUACUACUAGAUGCUCGGAAAAUGAUAUUUUGCAUGUCCCACAUACAGAAGAUGUUUCCAAUUUACCAUUACUUAGUCACGGUUCCGAAAAUAGUGUAAAUGAAAGUAGAAACAGUUUGCACGAGCACCGCGAAGGGAUAAAAUUAGAGAAAUCGGAAUCCGAGGUAAAAUUUAGCUUGUCCGAAAAGGAAAAGCCUCAAUAUGCAUUUGCAAAGCAAGAACAUGCCGAGGUAAAAUUUAGCUUGUCCGAAAAGGAAAAGCCUCAAUAUGCAUUUGCAAAGCAAGAACAUGCGUUUGCUGGAGCUAUGGCCGGGAUAUUUGUCAGCCUCUGUCUUCAUCCAAUGGACACAAUUAAGACGGUUAUUCAAUCGUGCCCUGCUGAUCAGAAGGCUCUACACACCAUUGGCAGAUCUAUUAUCACCGAGAGAGGUGUUUCGGGACUUUAUCGUGGCAUUUCCAGCAAUAUUUUGAGUUCGGCUCCGAUAUCUGCGGUCUACACAUUCACAUAUGAAUCGGUCAAGAAAAGUUUGCUUCCAAUGCUUCCCAAGGAGUAUCACUCUUUGGCGCAUUGUGCAGCUGGGGGUUGUGCAAGUAUUGCCACAUCAUUUAUUUUUACUCCGAGCGAGCGCAUAAAACAGCAGAUGCAAGUUGGCUCACACUACCGAAACUGCUGGAAUGCAUUGAUACAAGUUGUUAAAAACGGGGGCUUGCCUUCACUCUAUACCGGAUGGGCAGCUGUACUCUGCAGAAAUGUUCCACAUUCUAUCAUCAAGUUUUACACUUACGAAAGGCUGAAACAGAUGAUGUUGCCAUCAAACCAAUCAAACGCUGAGGCUAAUAUAGUUCAAACGUUAGUUUGUGGAGGAUUAGCUGGUUCUACGGCAUCAUUAUUUACGACUCCAUUUGAUGUUGUGAAGACGCGAUUGCAAACUCAGAUUCCUGGAUCUACAGCCCAAUAUAAUGGUGUUUACAAUACCCUAACAGAAAUCGGCAAACGUGAAGGUUUAAAAGGCCUCUACAGGGGAUUGACUCCAAGACUAGUGAUGUAUAUGAUCCAAGGAGCACUGUUCUUCGCAUCGUAUGAAUCUUUCAAGAGGUUGCUCUCGUUAGAGGUUUCGAAGUCGACAUUUCAUCAUGUACAUAAGGAAGAUAACUCAACGGUCUUAAAUUCAACCGUACCAGUGGCUGCAUAAUAUCACCCUUGAGAUGAAAAAGUCGAAAAAAUGUUCCGACAAAGUUUUGGUACGAAGAAAUACGAGAGAGACGCUGCUGAAGCGGUUUUGAAUUUUUCGAGAGAGAGAUAUGAAAGAGAUCCAAGCGCAUCACAUCACAUUUUGCGAUGAUCAGAUAUAUAAACCAUAUCGAUUUUUUGGGGCAGGAGUUCCUUCGAAUUAUAUUGGUCACAAUUUUGCUAGAAAGGGUUUGUUGUUGUGCUUGUAAUUUCUGAUGAGUGUAAGAUGUUAAUUAGAAUGUGAUGUUUUCUGCAAUUUGUUUGGAUUUGCAGAGGACAGUGACAUAAUUGUGCCGAUUAUCGUGUACAGUUGACUUUUGGUUGACUAUUCGAAAAAAUGUUAAACUAAGGGAUAAUUACAUUUUUGGUCC